AUGAGCGGGUUUAGUUAUCCUCAACCUACUUUCAUAUCUCCGACCUACAAUCCUACUUUCUAUUUAACGCUAGAUUCGAGUGGGUUCCUAACUUAUGAGUACGCGCAAACGCUCUACCUAGGAAAAAAUGAUUAUGGUAUGACAUAUAUCACAGGAAUAACUCAGGGAACUGUGGUGUAG